AUGGUGAUACAGGUUUGCCGGGUUGAUUUUGCGAUCCUUUAUAUUGGAAGGUUCAGUGGCAUUUCAAAUAUCCCAGAAUUUCCUCCUGCUAAGGGCCCUGAAACCUUCCAUGGCAUGGUUGUACACUCCAUGGAGUAUACAGACAUGGAUUUUGCAGCAGCUCAAGUGUUGGUGAGAGGAAAGCGAGUCACUGUUGUCAGGUUCCAGAAACACGCAAUGGACAUUGCAAUGGAAUGCUCAACAGAAAAUGCUCACUCAUUAAAAGUUAUACCUACACAUCGAGCUAGGUCAUAUCGCUUUUGGGGUGGAAAAUCCAUGUACUAUAUAUCAUACAGGAAUGAACACUGGAACAUUUCGAAUUACCUUCCUUGGGGAGUUCCCAGUGCAUAUUUUUACUUCGAUCACUUCUCAGAGCUGUUGGUUCAUAAGCCUGGUGAAGGAUUUUUCCUUGGUCUCCUGGCAGCACUUCUUUCACCUCUGAGAUGGGGAUUUUCCAAAUUUGUUGGAGGUCUCAUAAAUCGGAAGCAUUGUCUUUCAAAGUUGGGAAUGGUGCCCAAGCACAGUUUCUUGAAAGAAACCGGUUCUUGUUUGGUCUCAAUCGUGCCCGAGGGGUUUUACGAAGCAGUUGAUAAAGGUAGCAUCAAAUUCAAGAAAGCUCCGAGUUUUGGGUUUUGCAAGGAAGGCAUCUUGAUUGUGGUGAGGCUGGACCUCCAAAGACUGAUAUGGUCGUAUUUGCUACUGGAAAGCAAAAUUUUGCUUUUUGUAAAGGAAAAUGCCCACAGAAAUUGUCCACCACUUACCGAGUUUGUAGAUAUUGAUUGGGUGUUUGGAAUGCAUUCAUCCUUGAAUUCCAAAACUAGCGAUAAUCGGAUUCUCAGAGAUCAUUUCAAGUCUUGCACAAUUCGGAGAUGA